UUUCAUAAUAUCACUACAUGCACUACAAUUUUCCAAAGUUGCUCAACAUAUAUAUAUAUAUUUUUGACUUAGGACAAUAAUUGGAAAUACACUUAUUUGUGGACGGAGGGAGUAAUCUCUUAGUCGUUAACAUAGUAUUAUUUUCUCCAUGGCACAAAGUUAAUGAGGAGAGAGGAGGAAACUAUUUUGUCCAUGUAAGAUACUACAACUCAUUGGGAUUGUUGUCUCUAAAAACCUACCAUCUCCUAGGAGAACACACUAAUAGAACGCAGUGGGAGUGGCUUCAGGGCUAGUCAAUUUUGCAUGUAGUUUGGUUUACGUCGUUGCUUAGUUAACUCUUGUGGAAUGGGACAAUAAGAUGUGAUUUGGUCAUACUCAUUUCAGAUACACUUAGAUUCUAUGAUCCGCUAAGUCAAUUAUACAGCAUUUACUCCUGAAGAUACACUGUUGUAAGUGUGUAGUUACUUAAAUAUUAUCUUCUUUUUUGUGAGCUGCAAAUUUUUUUUGCACCUAGUGCUUGCUGUCUGAUGUAUAUGCGCUCCAGGCCAGGUGCUUCGUCAGGCAUUCUUCUUGGCGCCACUACUCUGCCCUGUGUCAUGCUUGCGCGGUUAAUCCAACUUUUGAGAAUCUUACCGACAGAUCCUAAUGGACCACAAGAAUUUGCAUACCUCGAAAUGCAGUACUGGGCGGUAUCUAUCAGUUGCCUCAGUGUGCUAGUUUUCUUCCUUUGGCAUCUACGCCAGUCUGCCAACAAUGGAGUUUCUAAAACUUUGAAAUGUGGUUCAUUGAUCGUAGUUUUAUAUGUCGUGACAUUAUUGUUUUCCAUACUGAAGACUGAUGGAGGUCUGUUGAUGGCAAAAAAUGGGUAUUUACUCGUUCAUGGUGUGGCUGCUGUGAUCUUAAUGAAGCACAUCCUAGAGAAGUUCCCUUCAUGUUCAUCUUUUGGGGAGGCACUUUUGGUAUCAAGUGGCCUCGCCCUUUACUUUGGUGAUAUGCUGGCCCAUACUCUUUCAAAGAUGGAGUUUUCUGCAUCAUCAGAAGCACUCAUUCACACGCCUAGGACUCGAAGCGAGAUAGCCACAGUUAUUCAGGGCAUUUUGCUUGGACUUUUUCUACUUCCUUUGUUGUGCAAAUGUUCUCUUCAAGUUUGGGUUUACUUUAAAACACUGGGGAAGCAAAGGACACAAGCAGUUGAGAAGCAUGCAGAAAAAAUAAUAGGUUCUGUUGUAUUUUAUGUCUCAUUGUUGGUGGUAUUGCUGAUGUUAGUGCCAUCAUGGACACACCUUGUUCAGGGUCUCGAAGUGCAUCCGUUUGUCUGGGUUCUUAACUAUAUGUUCACCAAUUCACAUGAACGUCUCGCAUUAUGUGCAUAUUGGAUAUGUGUGAUAUUUGUAUCUGUUAAAAAAUUCUACAGUAUAUCAAAGCGAAGCAAAACAGAAAGGAUUCUUUUGCGCAAGUACUAUCAUCUUGUUGCUGUCCUGAUUUUCUCUCCUGCUGUUAUAUUUCAGCCUGCUUUCUUGGACUUGGCAUUUGGUGCAGCGUUUGCAGUUUUCUUAAUACUAGAGAUGAUUCGUGUUUGGGAAGUAUAUCCUCUUGGGCAUACUGUACAUCAAUUCAUGAACGCCUUCACUGACCAUCGUGAUUCUGAGAUUCUCAUUAUUAGUCAUUUCUCACUCUUGCUGGGCUGUGCGCUUCCUAAAUGGAUGUCAUCUGGAUUCAAUGACCGGCCACUUGCCCCUUUUGCUGGAAUUCUCAGCUUGGGAAUAGGUGAUACCAUGGCAUCAAUGAUAGGGUACAAGUAUGGUGUCCUAAGAUGGAGCAAGACAGGAAAGAAAACAAUUGAAGGCACGGCAGCAGGCAUAACCUCUGUACUGGCAGCCUGCUCAAUUCUGGUAUCACUCUUAGCUUCAAGUGGAUACAUUCUUUCACAGCACUGGGUGUCACUUUCGGUAGCCGUGAUAUUAAGCUUAUUAUUGGAAGCAUAUACGACACAGCUCGAUAAUGCUUUCAUACCCCUCGUGUUCUACAGUCUUCUCUGUCUAUAAAUUAAGAGUAACAUAUUGUACAUAUAACUGACCGUAAGGUCCUCUUUUUUGCUUACUAAUAUAGAGCGCAGCAAGGCAAUAGGUAUAGUCAUCUGGCCUAUGUGCUUCUUUGUACCAUCUCCGGCUAGAAAUAGCUGGUUUAGUUAUAGGAUAUGUUUUUUUUUUUGAAUUAGCGAAUACUCCCUCCGGUCUGAAAUAAUCGACGUGUCACAGUACCUGCCCCCUGUGUAUUUCCUGUCUGAGGGCGCGUCAAUUUAAUGCGACCAGAGGGAGUAUUUCAGUACAUGGCAUCUUUUUUUUUUUGAGAUGCAGUACAUGGCAUCUUUGAUAUACUUGAUUGUGACUUCUAAGGUGUAAUUGUGACAAAUUAUUUCAAAGUGGUUCCAUUC